AUGGAGGACGAUGAGGAUUGGAUGACUAUCGACGCCACUCUCAUCCGUUGGUUCUACACCACCAUCUCGAAGGACCUCUUCCACACGGUGGUCUCUGCCGAGGAUGACGCUCACGCCCUCUGGACCAAGCUCAAUGGCCUCUUCACCGACAACGCGCUCCAGCACAAGCUUGUUGACGAGCUCCGUGACCUCGGUGAGAAGGUCUCCAACGAGCUUCUUCUCAGCACACUCAUCGCCGGCCUGAACGACGACUUCGAGAACGCCGCCUCCAACAUCCCCCUCAUCACCGACCCGACUUUCCCCAAGGUCGUGGCGUACCUGAAGCUGGAGGAGAGGAGGAUGCGGAUGUCGCACACGCGAGCCACUCACACGGCCCUCACCGCCGGUACCCGUGGUGGUGCCCCGCCCACCGCCUCGGCCCCUCAACCGUGGCCUGGACCGGGCCCCUUCCAGGCGCCGCCGCCGCCCGGGUUCCCCUACCUGCAGCAGCAGCCGGCUCCGCAGCCGCGACCCGCCGAGCGGCGCGGCGGCCUCAAGCAACAGCAGCAGCAGUCGGUCGCCCAGGGCGGGGCGCCGCGCCGGCCGCAGUAG